CCAUUGCUGCAAUUGCCGACUGAACUCAUCCAACACAUCCUUACAUUUCUGGACGCUCACCAUCUUGCAUGCAUUGCUCCAGUAUGCCGUCGCCUUCGCGACAUAAGCUAUCAUGACACAAUAUGGCAGCCGAUUGUAAACGACUUCAUUCCCAAUGCCAUCUCAGAACCGUCUCCAGCCAAAUCAUUUCGGGAGUUGUACAUCGGCCACCAUCCACAUUGGUUUCUCACAAAGCAAUACAUCUGGUUUGGUGAUACCGAACCCAUGGGCAAACUGCUUCUGGCUAGAUUUGAUCAGAAGACCGGAGCCAUCACCGCACACUCAAUAGCAGCCACCAGAGGUCCUCACACCCUUUCAUUCUGGGAGAAGGACUCAGAAGUCAUCAUUCACAGCUUCGAGCCAAGAGUAACGCUGGACCUUCACAAACCCGCCAUGAGACUGCAUCUCAACAGUUGGCAAAACCAGGACUCUAGCCAUGGCAAUCCAUCCGAUCGCGCCUAUGCCCCACGCUCCACCUACAGCAAAGAGACUAACGAUCGCUACUCUUCUGCUGGCCAUCGUCCUUCAACGUUGGACGAAGUCAGUCAGAACAACUUCCGCAUCCGAAAGUGGGUCGAGUAUACAGGACGGAGAACCAUUCCAAGCUGGAUCACAAUCAGCUCUGGCAGCAAAGACAUCACGACCUAUGCAUCGAUGCCUGCCUCAUGCUACACACCUACACCACAAAAGCCAUGGCAAGGCAUUUGGUGUGGAGACUACAGCGGCCAUGGCUGCGAAUUUCUCGUCAUCACUCAGCCCGAUCCAGACCAAGAAAGCCCUUUGCCAUCAAGAAUGGAUUGGCUACGAGAAUGGUUCCGCGGUGGCCGCAGAGGCAGCGUGGGCAGCAACCAGAGUUUUGUCACUGCCAUGGAAGAACUUCUCGACUUGCCAGAAGGAACCCUCACCGAAGCCGGCACAGAUGUAGGCUACGACUCACCUCCGGCAAGCCCCAGCUCUGCAAUGCACGAUAUCGAAGAUCCACCCACAGGACGCAUCGAAGCCAUCAAAUUGACCGGUGACCCGAACAUCCCUCGAGGAGAGUACACAUUCAUAGCUCCGGAUAUUGGACGCGGGGGUUUCAUUCGAAUUGCCGAUGAGGAGAUGUUUCAAGGUGCUAGGGUGGUGAGGAGCGCGGGACAUAUGGCUGGAAGAGGAUUCCAACGAGAUCAGUACACUCCAUCGCAACUGAUCAUGAUAUCUCACGACCGCCUCGCACAAUUCUGGGAAGGUUUCGGUCAUAUCUCAUAUUACCAGCGGGUGGACCUCGAU